AGAGGAAACGAGUCCGAGAAGGGAGGGAGGGAGGGAGGAGGGAGCAGCCCAGCCCGGCUCCGUCCCACGAGAGAAAAAAACAGCCGCCGUGGAUCCCGAUUCGGUGGAAUCAAGUGCCUGCUUGGGCUGGAGGGUCCAGAAGACCUGACUGAACCUCCUUCUCAGGUUUGGCUGCCUUGCUUUCUGUGCCUGUGAAGAAUCCGCGCUCAUGACGGAUGGGAGGAUGAAAGGAUAUUUGGACCAGCAGGUGCCUUAUACGUCUGCACAGAAACCCUCUGGACAUGGAAUGCAGGAGAACCGAGUUGUGAUGGCUGCACGGAGGAAAUCCAUGGAUCCAGGUGUGCCCCAUGUCCCAGACUCAGAAGAUCUCUUCCAUGACUUGAACCUCCUUCAGGAAACGUGGCUUGCUGAAGCUCAGGUUCCGGACAGCGAUGAGCAAUUUGUGCCUGACUUUCAUUCAGAAAACUUAGCCCUUCAUAGUCCCCCUGCAAAGAUAAAAAAGGAACCUCAGAGUCCCUGUUCAGAAGCCUCCACAUCCUGCCGGCACAGGCAACCUUUUCAGUACCGCCAUGGGGAGCAAUGCCUUUAUGCCAGGCAGGAUCCCAACUUUGUAAAUCCCUCUGGCCCACCUCAGUCUGCACCGAGUCGGGCAUACCUUAUGGAACACAGCUCAUACCAGGUGCAUCCUGAGACUGGCCAGCCCUUCUCUGUCUCCCAGACCUUGGCAUCAAACACUCCGCCUGCUUAUCAGCACCCGUUGCCUGCCCCAUGCCGACCUUACCCACCUCAGGGAUUCAAGCAGGAAUUCCAUGACCCCAUGUACGAGCAAGCAAAUGCGCUGGGAGCUACGGGGAAUUCCCAGUACACAGCUGGAGUGGUGAUCAAACAAGAACAGAUGGACUAUGCUUUUGAAACAGAUGUCCCAAGUUGCCAUUCGAUGUAUAUGAACACAGAGGGAUUCCCAGGUCAUUCCAACCCUGAUCACACAUUAGGGUACAGUUAUGAGAAACAAAUGCGACCUUUCAAUGAGGAUGUCUGUGUUGUUCCUGAGAAAUUUGAAGGAGACAUCAAGCAAGAAGGUGGCGGGUACCGUGAAGGUCCUCCUUACCAACGGCGAGGGUCUCUGCAGCUGUGGCAGUUCUUGGUGGCCUUGCUGGAUGACCCCAGCAAUUCCCACUUCAUUGCUUGGACAGGCCGAGGGAUGGAGUUCAAACUCAUUGAACCAGAGGAGGUGGCACGACUUUGGGGCAUCCAAAAGAACCGUCCUGCCAUGAACUAUGACAAGCUGAGCCGCUCUCUGCGCUACUAUUAUGAGAAGGGGAUUAUGCAAAAGGUGGCUGGAGAACGUUACGUGUACAAGUUUGUCUGUGAACCAGAAGCCUUGUUUUCCCUUGCCUUCCCUGACAAUCAUCGUCCGUCCUUGAAGUCCGAGUUCGAGUGGCACGUCAGCGAGGAAGACACAGUGCCUCUCUCCCACCUGGAUGAAGGUGUUGCUUACUUGCAAGACAUGGGAGCCCAGCCUUAUGGGAAAAGCUACACAUAUUGACUGGCUGUAAGAAGAGACACAGAUCAGAUAUGGGCAUUUUGUAUAUAUAUUGAGAUGUUUGUCAGUAAUCCCCAAUGUAGAGUUGUGGCCUUCGCUCUGUAUUGGGAAGUACAGUGAGUUGCCUUAUGGAAGGGCAGCACCGUGUUCCAGGACCUAGAGAGCAAGGCUUGGAUGGGAGUCAAAUCUUGCCUUGGCUGUGGACUCUCUGGGUGAACUCUUUAACAAAUUGCUUCUUUUCCUGCAUCCAUUCUCAAGGAGUAACAAGUCAUGACCUACCUCACAGGGGUGUUGUGAGGAUGAAAAAAAGAUAAAGAUUGUAAAGUGCUUUGUA